AUUUAAUACAUUAAAAUUAACAAUAUUAUAAUUUAAUAUUAUAUAAUUUUAAACCAAAACAACACACUACCCCCACUCCUCUAUAAAAAUAUUAUUUAUUCAUUAUUUAUUUAUUUAUUUAUUAUUUAAAUACAUCUAUUAAUUAACUUAUAAAAUGUUAUUCAAAUCAUUAGUUUCUUUAAAAUCAACUUCAUCAGUCUCAAAAAAUACUAUUUCAACUUCAAGUGAUUCAAUUUCAUUUGAUAAUAAUAAUAUCCAAAGUAGUAGAAUGGUAACAAGCGGUUACUUUACCAGACCAAGUUUCGUCGGUUAUUAAAAAAAAAGAAAAAUAAUAUAUAUAAAUUAAAAAAAAAAAAAAAUACUUUUUUUUUUUUGCCCAUCGAUCGAGCUUGUAAAUAAAUCUUUAAAUAAAAUAAAAUUUAAAUAUUAAAAAUU